AUGGAUAAAAUUGAUCUUGAUAACGUAGACGAUGCCAUAAAAAGAGAAAAGUUGUUUUUGAAAGCAGCAAAGGAGUGUCUUGCCAAGAUGGAAUUCAAGCUUGUGGAUAAGGAGCAUGUUGGCGUGUUGAUGAGGACACAGAAGGAAAUAGACAUGUGUGAGAAGUUUGGACAAUUACGAGCAGAGCGCAUGACAAAGAAACAUGCAGAAAGAAGGAUACAAAAGAAAUCACGGAAAGUAGACGAGGACUCUGAUGAUUUGGGUCCUGAAGAGUUCAUUGCGCCAAUGAUCAGCAAUAAGGAUAACAGAAAGAAAAACAAAAAGAAGUUAUACAAAAAUAACUCAGAGAGGAGAAGAAAAAUGAAAUCGCGACAGAAACGACAUAGACAUUGA